AUAGGCUCGCUCUUUCUUUGUAGACAGGAGGAGGGGAGGGGAGGGGGAGAAGGUGGAGCUGUUGGGGCUUGGCGUUGUGGGUUUCUUCUUCUUUCUCGCCCUGUCCUUUUCCCUCAGCUAGUAAUAGGCGUCUGCGCCUUUGAACUCUAGCGCUCGAGAGUGUGGCUGAACGCGCGUUAUCAAUAAAGUUAAGGGCCGAGCAGGGGGCGAACAUUGAGCUUGGCGGAAGGGACGAGGGUUUCCCGCUCUUUCUCCUUCGUCUGCGCCUGCAGCUGCCUCCCUUCGGAGCCAUGGCGUGCGUGGACAGAUGCCGCUGCUGCACGGACAACCGAAGACAGAGCAGCAUCCUCUACAAUAUCCUGAAGAGCGAGGAGCAGCAGGCAGCAGGCGGGCAGCCGGUGCCGCUGCAGCCUAGACAGGGCGGGCACGCGAUGGGGCUCGGUUGCUCGUGCGGCUCGCAGAGGCGAGUAGCUCUCAAGAGCCCGCAGGUGGCGUGUAAGGCGGCUUCGGCCGUGCUUGUGAAGACGCUGCGCUUCGUCAAGAAUGUGCCCUGCUUCCAGGAGCUGCCCCUGGACGAGCAGCUGGUGCUGGUGCGUAGCUGUUGGGCUCCCCUGCUCGUGCUGGGGCUGGCCCAGGACCGCGUGCACUUCGAGACGGUGGAGACCACCGAGCCCAGCAUGCUGCACAGGAUAUUGACCAACAAACGGUGCGAGGAGGAUGGGCGGCGGCGGCAGCAGCAGCAAUUCCUGUUGUUGCACAAGAACCAGGAGCAGCUAGAUCCGACCUGCGGAAGUGACAGCAGCAGCAAAAGCAACCACCCUAAGCUACCGUCUGCUGGGGAGAUCCAAGCCAUCAAAGGCUUCCUGGCCAAGUGCUGGAGCUUAGAUAUAAGCACCAAGGAGUACGCCUACCUCAAGGGGACGGUACUCUUCAAUCCGGAUCUUCCUGGGCUGCACUGUGUACAGUACAUCCAGGGACUGCAGCAAGAAGCACAGCAAGCCCUAAAUGAACAUGUCAGAAUGAUUCACAGAGGGGACGAGGCCAGAUUUGCCAAACUUAAUGUGGCUCUGUCCAUGCUCAGAUCCAUUAAUGCCAACAUUAUUGCAGAACUUUUCUUUAGGCCCAUCAUUGGAACAGUGAAUAUGGAUGACAUGCUGUUGGAGAUGCUUUGUGCAAAAUUAUGAAACCAUGUGUUAAUAUAAUGACAUAAUAGAACAAUCCAGCAUGAAAAGUCCUACAACAGAAUAGUGUAAAGUAUUGUAAAAUAAACUAACUUAUUGUUUUUA